CAGUCACCGCCCCCUGACCUCUGGGAUUCGUCAGACGCCCGCCAGUCCCAGGUGGCCCUCGUUGCUGUGGUGAUUGCUCCGCAGGCGCCGCGGAACUUGAGCCCGGGAGCUCCGAACCUCGGCUGCCAGAGUGGUUCCACAGAUCUCUAGAACAAUGAAGUCAUCUCUGAUGCCUCUGGGACCUCCUGUGAGCCGGGACCGUGUCAUCACCAACUUCCCUAAGUGGUAUACACCUGACGCCUGCUUGCAGCUCAAGGAACAUUUCCAUGGGCAGGUCAGCACAGCCUGUCAGCACAGGAACACAGGGACUGUCGGGCUCAAACUCUCCAAGGUGGUUGUUGUUGGCGAUCUCUACGUUGGGAAGACCAGCCUCAUCCACAGGUUCUGCAAGAAUGUUUUUGACCGUGACUACAAGGCUACUAUUGGGGUAGACUUUGAAAUUGAGCGUUUUGAGAUUGCUGGGAUUCCCUACAGCCUGCAGAUCUGGGACACAGCUGGGCAGGAGAAAUUCAAGUGUAUCGCAUCUGCCUACUACCGCGGUGCCCAAGUGAUCAUCACAACCUUUGACCUCACUGAUGUGCAGACUCUGGAACACACCAGGCAGUGGUUAGCUGAUGCCUUGAGAGAGAAUGAGGAGGGUGCCUGCUUUAUCUUCCUUGUGGGAACCAAGAAGGACCUUUUGUCAGGGGCAGCAUGUGAACAGGCUGAAGCGGAGGCUGUCCACCUGGCCAAUGAAAUGCAAGCAGAGUACUGGUCAGUGUCAGCCAAGACAGGAGAAAAUGUGAAGGCAUUCUUCAGCCGUGUCGCUGCGCUGGCAUUUGAGCAGUCAGUUCUGCAGGACCUGGAGAAGAGGCACAGCACCCGGCCUCAGGUCGGCGAUGGAGACCUCAUUCGAAUGGAGAGAAGUAUAUUAGAGACACAGGACAGCAAGAAGCCCCCCACCCUGAGCUGCUGUUAGCUGGGCCCAGCGUCAGAGGCCUCCACUUUGCAUGGACAGUGGCUUCUGUGACUUUUGGAGGGGUGACAUGGAGUUCAAAUUAUGUGGUGUGUC